UGUUGUUUUGGUCCUGUUUGUCAGGAGGAAGAGGGUGUUUGGUGUUGAUGACAGUGUGUCUCGGGCUCAUUUGUAUUCUUCUGCUGGUCUUCAUCACACUGCAGCACAUCUCCAUCACAGCAGAGAGAGAAUCUCUGUUCAAGAGCCACAAGAACACAGUUGAAGAGUUCAAUCAGACCAUCAGCAGAUUACAGCACAAUUACACUGAUCUAAUGACUGAGAAAGACCUACUGAAGAACAGCCUCAACUCUCUGAGUCAGAAGAAACUGGAGUUAGAGACCAGAGUCGAUGAUCUUACUGCUGAGAAAAGCCAGUUACAGGGAAGCGUUGACUCUUUGAGUCAGAAAAAAACAGAGCUACAGACUCAACUAAGGAAGUUAUACGAACAAGGAAAGGACAGGUUUUCUAUAUCCAGUGAGUGGAAGAACUGGUCUGAGAGCCGGCAGUACUGCAGGGAUCAUGGUGGUGAUCUGGUCAUUAUCAACACUGAGGAGAAGCAGAGGUUCUUAUCUUCAUUCAUCAAGGACAGAGUGUGGAUUGGUUUGACUGACAUUGAGAAUGAAGGCAGCAUGAAAUGGGUGGAUAAUUCACCACUGAAUGAAGGGUUUUGGUAUGAAGGUGAGCCAAAUAACGCAGGUGGAGAUGAGGACUGUGUUGAACUGAUUCCUUCAGGCACCAUCCGGAGCUGGAAUGAUCUCAAAUGCUCUGAGAAGAGAAAAGGGAUUUGUGAGAAAUAGGGUUCAUCCUGUCUUGUCAUAUUUUAAAUGUAUAAUUUUAUG